AAGUAGCUCGCGUAUGAGAAACUGAAGUCACAUUAUUUCAGCUCUGACGCGUCUGUACGAAUGUAUCAAGCUUUGUUUUGAGAUCACGGUGUUUUAGUCAGUGAAAAAAUAGAGCAUUGUUGAGUGUUUUUAGUGACUAUUUGAGUGUCAUUCUAAAGACUGAUGUUGCGUGAUAUUAGAACCGGGGAAAAUUCGACAUCUAUUUUAAAUAUACAUAGCAUAGGAAAGCGACAAUAGUAAAUAAUGAAUUUAUUGAGUACAUCGUGCACACUUGCGGUAUUGAUCAUCUACUGUUUACAAAACUAUGCUCACGCGAAAUUGUUACCGGAAGAUGUGAUAAAGGAAGAAAAUUAUCCAGUUGAAACUCACUCGAUCGAAACGGAGGAUGGCUACCUUUUAACUGUUCAUCGAAUUCCAAACGAAUUCGGAAUCCCUGUUUACCUGCAGCACGGUAUACUUUCAAGUUCACUCAAUUGGCUGGGCAUAGGCAAGCGACGAUCUCUCCCUUACUAUUUAUGGGACCAUGGCUUCGACGUUUGGAUCGGCAAUUCGAGAGGAAACAGCUAUUCGAAGGGUCACAAAAGCUUCAAAAUCACCGAUCCCGAAUUCUGGGAUUUUAGCUGGCACGAAGUCGGUAAAUAUGACUUACCCGCUAUUAUAUCUCACAUCGUUGACACGACGAAACAACGAAUUUUUUACAUUGGUCACUCACUCGGCGUGACAAAAUUCGCUGUUAUGGCAAAUCAAAAGCCCGAAGUGGCCAAGCACGUGAGAGCGACCAUUGGUUUGGCACCAGCUGUUUAUGAGAAAAAUAUCAAACAACCGUUGGUGCGAGCUUUGUCGCGCUUUCGAAAAGAAUUUAAGUCCGCAGCGGGCUUUUUGCGCAUCCAUGAAUUUUUUGGACAGAAUAUUAUUUUCGAUGUCAUGAGAAAGAAUAUUUGCGCUAUUCCUGCACUCGGAACAUGGGCCUGCAGCAAUUUCAUGUUCUUUCUUUUUGGCUACAGUCCCAAACAAUUGAACUACGAUUUGUUACCAACGUAUCUGAGCGAAUUUCCCGAUGGCACCUCGGUAAAGCUGUUCGUGCAUUGGUUGCAACAAAUGCACACGGAUCAUUUUGAAAAUUUCGACUAUGGACGUGACAUGAAUCUCAAGAUGUACAACAGUAGCGAGCCACCUAGGUAUAACUUGACCAAAAUUGAGACUCCAAUUGCCGUGUUUUAUUCCGAUAACGAUUUAAUUACGGAUGAAAAGGAUACGACACGUUUCUACAAUGAAAUUCCUAACAAACUUGGUCUUUACAAUGUUGGCCACUCGUUUAACCAUGGAGAUUUUUUACACGGCAUCAAUGCCACGGAAUUAGUUUAUCAAAAGAUUCUCGAUAUUUUCCUGACGAUUCUCAUUCGAGAAGAAGAAAGUGAAGCAAAGAUAGUAACGCAGAGUAUCCUAGAUGUACCAAUAUACAAUUUUAUAAAUUAGUAUUUAACAAAUAAAACUUAAUUUUAGCUGAAAAAUUA